AACAACAGCCAACAACCCUCGAUCGGACUGCUCACUUCCUCUCCAUCUUGCCCUGUUGUUCUUGACAAAAACAUCAUCAUUCCCUGGGUGAUCUACAGCUUACUGCCCUCAUUGUUUUCUUUUUUUCUGUCAUCAUGCCUCACUCCAACUCCAAGAACCAUCAACCCGGCAAAUCGACUUCUCGGGAAGCUAAGUGUGACGACGAUCGGAUCCGAUCGUCCCGGAGGCAAAGCUACAACACCUCAUCCGAACCGAAGCUGAUUCAGAAAAAGUGGAUGGAGAAUUGUUAUGAUGUGGUGACGGGCGACGACUCUCGAUUCUCCGCUCAGAAGACCGUCCGGGCAAACCGUGUGGUGGAACGAAAUGAAGGAUCGCGGCGCCAAUCGACUUCAACCGUUGAGCCCAAGGCGGCAUCGAAUCAUACGCCAGUUAAUCGGGGGCCGACGACUACCGGACCCACCGUCAAUCGGUUCAUCAGUGACGACGAGCGAGACUUUGAGAUGGCGUUGUUCCAACUCAAACAAGCUAAACUAGUCAAUGAUACGGUCAAAGACUUGGUCGCCACCUUCCCGCUCGAAAGUAUCCUCUCUGCCAACGGCCGCAACUUCAGUCAAUGGGCAAACGAUCUCGAGAAGAUCGGCUCGGGACGAUUCAUGAGACCGAAUUUUUUCACUACUCCCUGCGAUAAUCGCACGUUUGAGAAAAUGGGAAAAGAGUUGAUCCUGGCUACCAUCCACUCGUCGCAUGUCCCCGAUCUCGAGAACAUCGAAACCUCGCACGAGAUGUUUGAUCUGUUGAAGAAGAAAUGUACUUCUAUCUCACGCGCCGGCCAAAUGAAGAUCUGGAACCAGUUCGUGUCCUUCACCAUCAAUCCCAACGACUCAGCUGAGAGCAUCGCAACGACUUUGAAAGACAUGUACGCCGAAUGGGAGGCCAUGAAUGUGUGGAUGCACUCCGAUGUCUUUCUUGGUUUCUGCUUCCAAUCAGCAGUCAUGAAAUCUUCGGUCCCUUUCAAGAAAGAGUUUGAGCUUCAAGUUGAAAAUCUCGUCCAAGAACAUCCAAGACACCCAGUCCCGACAUUUCGAUCACUGACUAACAUCUACGAAUCUUGCAAACAACAACAUAAGCAAGCUAUGGCGGCCAAUACAAGUUCCGGACAGCCAUCUUCUUCCGAGGGUCCUACUCCACUGCCUGCUGCUGAAGUUGAUCCUGAUCCUCCUUUGUAUUACGCUUGCAUACCGGAACCCAACCAGUGUCUCCUGGAAUGGCAAACAUAUCUCAAAGAACGGUACGAUGAACGGAACAGACAGUAGUGAAUAUGCUACUUACAGCCCUCCAGCGAUUCUACAUAAUCUUGCCAAUCUUUAUACACUCCCGAAUUCCCAGCAUCCGAUUAAAUUUCCAUCCGUCCAGGAUAUUUUUGUGAAUUGCUCAAUCAGUACCUUGGAUCGAUCUUUAGGACAGCACUCAAGAAUCAUCUUCUAUUGGUCCUCGAUGGUAAUCACAGGGACGGCUUUGAAAUCUUUAGAAACCAAUGUUGACCUUUCCUUCAGCUGUCCCAAAAACAAUUAUCCCAAAGAGUUUUGAAAGGCUACACACAGUGAUGCAAAUCGGAUCUUCUUGUUUCUUCCAUAUCUUCAACUGUUGAUGACUGUGAUAUCCUUGAUUCUCUCAUCACACACUUGCUUGUAAAUCUUGUUCUUCCUCUGUAAACUGGUCUUCAAACCCAUCUUGGAUUCCCGAUUUUACCUGUUUUUUUAACUGUUUCUUCACUAGCUGAUGAUCUGUUUUCUUCAACACAUCAGAUAUCCAUGAUUUUUCAUGUC